AGCCGCUUAACCUCAGGAGAAACUUCAUCCAGUAGAGAGCCUGGGAAAACUAUGCAUGAUAUUAAUCAAGCACCUUCCAUUAUUCACCUUACCGAGCCACCAUCCUUAUUAAGGCCGCUGGAAAGAGGAACAGAGUACCAAACUGAGAUUAUAGUUAUGAAAUUGCUUCUUCAGUCAUACUAUGACAUUGUUCGGAAGAAUGUUCAGGACUUGGUGCCAAAGGCUAUAAUGCAUUUUCUGGUCAACGAUAUUAGAAGGGAUCUUCUUGGCAUAUUCAUAAAGAAAUUGUACAGAGAAAGCCUUUUUGAAGAGUUGUUAUGGGAACAUGAUGAUGAUGUCUUGAAAAGAAAACAGACUGGUGAAAUGUUUCUUAUUCUGCAACAAGCUAUUCAGACGCUUGACAAGGUUGUCGCUGAUGUUUCUUCUACAACGCCAAGCAGUGAUACUAAUGACGCCUCAAUUUUGCCAAGGUUCCAUUGACCUUUCUUCUGAUUAUUUCUUCUGAUUGUCUAGCUUGGCGAUUCAAUGCUGAACCAGCUGAUAUCAAACUCAAGACACUAGAUUCUUUCUUGAAGACAAUAGGCGAUCAUGCAGCUUAAUUCCAUCAUUAUGAGCAGGUGGAGAUUGAUAAAGGGGUAUAGAGCAACAUAAAGUUAUAUAGUGUUAGUAUAGGUUAGCUAGAUGAAAGUUUUGACAGGCAUAUAUAGUAGGUGGGUCGGAUAAUGAUGUUUAUUUAAGGCACAGCUAGUAUAGGAGUUGGAAACGUGGUAUGUUGUUUAUGUAUAUGUUAUAUGCAGUUCUGGUGUAAGUUGAAACAUGACAAGAAAAAAGAACAAAAUCAACGUUAUAGAAUGAUGGAUAUGACUUCUCUUUCGAUUUUCAAA